AUGAUUAAGAAAUUUUUUAAACGAAUCAUAAAAGAUAUUGUUGAUAAGCCUAGUCCGAAUUUUAUUACAACGUCUAUUGCGCUAGUUGUUUUAAUAGUUUUAGUUGGAUUUAUUAUAGUAUUUGGUGUCGGACACUUAAAGCUAAUUUUUCCAGUUGGAAGUCCACUGAUAAUGGGCAUACCAUUAGCAGUGACUUUCAUAAUAUUGUAUUCAAUUACAUUAAUACUCAGUGGUGUCUUCAAUUGGUGGAUGAGUUAUUACGUAUCAAUCGAAAACAGAUAUAACAAUGAUCUAACUUAUCUUGUAAUAGCUGGUAGCAAAGAUAAUGGAUUUAGGCCCGCAUAUGUCCGUGCUAAAAUAGAUAUUCCAAUUCUAUUAAAAAUUAUUGGUGUUAUAGCUGCUUUAACCGGAAUUCUCAACAUAUUUAUUGGAUCCUCAUUAGUUCCCAUUACAGUGCCAUUUUCGCUAUCAGUUUAUGAUGAUACAUUUAUUGCAGAUCCUUUAGUUUUAUGUGUUACCAAAAAUAUUAGCGAUAACGAUGAACCAUGCCAAAAUUUAUUUCAAAAUAGGUUUAAUUUUCGGUGGUUUCGGGAAGCUUCUGAUGUAAUGAUAAAUGGAUAUUCUAACAAUCUGUCUAAAAGUUGGGGUGGUAAAAGGGGUGUGGUAAAGGAUGAGAGAAUACUUAUGUUAGCAGCAGUGAAUAACGAUUCUAAUUCAAUCUAUCGAUUUGUUAAAGCUGCAGAUGAAAAUUAUAGUAUUCCAAUUUUUAGUAUGAUUACUCUAUGUAAUGGUUCUGUAUUACUUGAUGAAAGUAAUUAUGAAUAUCUAAACUAUACUAGAUCAUUAAUAAAUUUAACAGAAGCAGCAGCAAAUGAGACCUUAAUAAAUGCUAUGAAAGGGGAAUCAGAUAAAUCAAAGUUAGACGGCCGAUGGAUAGCAGAAGUCACCAAACUUGAACUGGAAGAUCAUCACAAGGAGUCAACAAAACUUACUUUAAAUUUUGUGCAAAUAUUACCUCUUGAUUCAUUAUGCCUCGGAAGCGUUACAGUGGUGAACCCUUAUUAUAAGUUAUGUCGUCCAAUAAUAGAUCGAUCAUUUGUUUGCUAUAUGAACACUCGUGUUGAAAAGGUAAAUCAUGUAAAAGCUGCAUGUGAUAACGAUAAUCUCUGUGAUUCAGGUGGAUAUUCGGGAGAUUCUGGAUUAAUUUAUUCAAGUCCAAGACCAGUAUAUAACAAGGAAAUACAUGAUAGUCUUGCAAUAUAUAAUGGUCACAUGUUGAUACCUCAAUGUAAAGAUAGUUCAAAUGAUGGUUGUUUAGAUCCUCAUGUAAACAAUUUGACUCAGGUACGAGAUCAAUUUAUUAAAUUAUUACGUGGAAUUAUUGCAUCUGGAGUCAUAGCCAGGCAAAAAUUGUUAGCAGAUAUGGAGUUGGGUGAGAAAAUGACUGUUGAAACCGUAAUAAGAUUAACAACCGGCGUAAUUUUAGAGGGGUAA